AUGUGGGCAGUUCAACUAUCGCUAGUUUUAUUACUAGCCUCUAAUUGCAAAGCGGAUGGUCCGUUCUGGAUCUCAGCCGAAUUGGAUGCGAUCAAUUGGAGAGAAGGAUGUCUGACGACCGCGCUGUGCUCUCAACCAAGAUUUCAGCUUGUAAAGGACUUGUUGCCAGUCAGCGAGCGCGUUUCAGUCAACUGGCCGAUAAGCGAACAUUUUGUGAAGGAGUCUGUCAAACCGUUCGUCUCUUACUGGCCGACGGGACGCAUUGAAGACAUCUCGUUGUCGGCGCAAGUCGUCGGCACAGAUCGAACGUAUGGAUUCCCGAGAAUCUGCGAUCAGACGCCGUCGAUUCGAGUGUUCCCGGAGAAGAAUCGCGAUUCGAAGGAGGCCGUCGACAAGAAGGCUGACGAUUCUCUCGUUCUUCAUGUCAAAGGAAAAUGCUUCAAUGCCACGAUGACCCUUACAAAGCACACUGAACGUUGCCCAUGGUGUCCAGAUCCGCGAGAGAUUACGGUAAUUGGACAGGAGCCAGCCGAGCAAUCUGGCUAUCAUAUUAUUCCCAAAUGGUCGCCUUUCCAUGACGAAAGUGUGGUUUAUGUUGGAAUCCUUGUUCUUGCUAUUAUUGCAAUCGCCGCUUCUACAGCUUUCGCAAUGAUUCUUGUCACUUAUACCCGAUAUAAGAAACGGGUCAAAGAAAGUGCAAAGAAGGCAAGAUUCCAUCCAUAUAUUUCCGUAAAAGGGCAUGAAAUCGAGGACCAGAAUAGAUAUGAUCUUCCUUGGGAGCAGCAUAAUCGUCCUUUGACUUACUGGAUGACCUCGUCAAAUAAGUCGGACUCAACUAUGACGUCGCCACUUGACUCAGCCUCUUCGCUCUCAAACCAUACUCAUCAGCAUCCAGAGAUGUUCCAGUCAACGUACACACGUGACGGCUAUCAGACCUACCGCCCACCACCACCACCACCUCCGGUAGCACAUCCACCAGUUUUUCCACCGCAAACUCAGAUUUACCAUCCCUCUCGACAUUUGACUUCACCAUUGUCGUCGAGGCAAGAUGAUUCGGGAUUGGAAUCGGUUUGA